CAGAAUUAAUAACGGUAAAAAAAAUUUUUUUCAACAAAUAAAUAAAAUUUUACCAUUAUUACUUAAAUGACAAAAUGACAUUGGUAAAAGAAUGGAUUGAAGAAAAGAUAAAGAAUGAGUAUAUUCGUUAUUUUGAACACGAUAAAUUUAGUUAUAUCGAAGAAAUUGAUGAAGGAUCUUUUGGUGAAGUGAUAAAAGCAAAAUUGGCUAAUAUAGGAUUUGUCGCACUAAAAAUUAUUGUUAAAAAAAAUUCAAAAGAGAAACUUAGAGAUGUAAACAAUGAGUUUGUCAAGGAGUUAAAACUCCUUCGUGAGAUUGAUCAUCAUCCAAACAUCAAUCGUAUUCUGGGAAUAACAAAAGAUUCUAAGUCUUAUAUUUUGGUUCUGGAAUAUGCCAAUGAAGGAAAUUUAAGAGAUUAUUUAGAAAAUAAUUUUGCUUCCUUGGAAUGGAAUUAUAAAAUUCAAAUGGCGUUAGAUAUUACUAGUGGAUUGAAUUUUUUACACUCCAAAGAAAUAAUCCAUAGAGACUUGCACUCAAAAAAUAUAUUAGUGAAUAAUGGAAGAUUAUUGAUUGCAGACUUUGGAUUAUCUAAAAAGUUGGCAGAAGUCUCAACUAAUUCAAUUGGUAAUAAAAAGGGGAUUACUCAAUAUAUUGAUCCACAAUGUUUUAAGAAUAUAAAGUAUAAGAAAGAUAAGAAGUCCGAUAUCUAUAGUUUAGGUGUUUUAUUAUGGGAAAUUUCAAGUGGGCGUAUUCCUUUUUUUGGCUGUACACUACUUGAAUAUCACAUUAAAAAUGGAGGUAGAGAAGAUCCCAUUGAAGGCACACCUCCAAAGUAUGAAAAACUUUAUCAAGAAUGUUGGGAUGACAAACCAGAAUUAAGACCUGAUAUUGAAAAAGUACAUGAAAUUUUAGGUCAAUUAAAUACUGAGAAUUCUUCUGAUCUACAAUCUUCACUUAACAAAAGUAAUUCGGAAGGUGAUGACUUAUAUAUAUCUGAUUAUCCAAGAGAAAAAGUUAAAAAUCUUCUGAUAAUUGGCGGUACUUUGAGCGGUAAAUCAUUGUUAUCCAACAUAUUGUGUGAUAUUGAAAACGGAUGUACAAGUAACGAGACCAAAGAUUUAUCGAAAAAAGAUUUCGAAUGGAAUGGAACGAAAUAUCACGUGAUUGAAAUUGUAAUUUGGUCUAUUGAAAAAGUUAUUUAUAAUAAAAUAACAGAUUUGAUGCCAGAAGGGAUAAGCCAAUUCUUAUUUUUGGUUGAUGAAAGCUUUACAACAAGAGAAGAAAUAAUGUUUGAGUUAUUUAAAAAAAUUAUUUUCGAAACCGGUAUUCUUCAAUAUGUUACUAUUAUUCAAAACAAGCGUGAAAGGGAUCAAAAAUAUGUGUUUGAAAAUAAAAUAAUUGCUGAAAUAGUUAAGUCAUGCAAUGGUGUAGAUAAUUUCUCAAUAGAUAUUGAUAAAGAAGAAAACAACAAUGAUUAUGAAGGACAAAAUAUUAUUGAUAGAAAUGUAAAGAAAGAGAUAAGAAAUAAAUUACUAAAUUACUUGGAAGAAAAUUUUCAGGAAAAAUAUUACAAAUUAGAAAAAUGGGAUGAUAUAUAUAGUAAGAUUGCUAAUUACGCUAAAUCAGAUAUGAGUUUUGUUGAAGUGGAAAAAGCUGAUAUCACAAAUAUGACUUCAGAUAUUUUCAAGAAUUUAUUUAACUAUAUUGACAGUGAAUCAAAAAAAAGAGAUCAACAAUGGUUUAAUGAAAAAUAUUCAGAAGCGGAAGUUAUGGAUAUUACUGAUAACAGACGCUUAAAUCUUACUGAUUCUUUAAAAAUAGAAGGUUUUGAAAAUUUAAAAAGAAUUAGAAUAAAGAAAUUUAAAUUAAUUAGUUUGGAAAUAAGAAAUUGUUCUCAACUUAAUGAGAUUAACUUAGUAGAGCUUCCUAUACUUACGAGUUUAUCUGUAACUGGCUGUUCAAACCUAACCAUGAUAACUGAGUUAACCAGUUUGAAAAUUAGUGAUUGCUCUCAACUUAAUAAGGUUUACUUUUCAAAUCUUCCUAAAAUUAAGAGUUUAUCUGUAAUUAACUGUUCAAAAUUAACCAAUUUUAAUUGUUCAUCAACUGAAUUAGCUAGUUUGAAAAUAAGUAAUUGUCCUCAGGUUGAUUUAUCAAAACUUCCUAAAAUUAUUAGUUUAAAUCUAAUUUAUUGUUCAAAUCUAACCACACUUGAUUUUUCAUCAAAUGAAUUAACCAGUUUGAAAAUAAUUAAUUGUUCUCAACUUAAUAAGAUUGACUUGUCAAGAAUUUCUAGAAUUAUGAAUUUAUCUAUUAUUAGCUUUUCAACCCUAAUUACAUUUGAUAAUUUAUCAACUGGCUUAACCAGUCUGAAAAUAAGUGAUCAUAGCUUGUCAAAGUUCACCAAACUUGAAAGUUUAUCUAUAACUGAAUGUACGCUUGCAACUAAGUUAACAAAUUUGAAAAUAAUUGGUUAUUCUCAACUUAAUAAGGCUGACUCAUCAAAUCUUUCUAAAACUAUGAGUUUAUCUGUAAUUUACUGUUCAAAUAUAACCAUGCUUGAUUGUUCAUUAACUGAGUUAACUAGUUUGGAAAUAAGUGAUUUUUCUAAUAAUAUUGACUUAUCAAAACUCACCAAACUUAACAGUUUAUCUUUAACUAAAAUUUUAAAUCUACUCACGUUUGAUUUUUCAUCAAUUACAUUAACCAGUUUGAAAAUAAGUAAUUGUUCUCAACUUAACAAGGUUAACUUGUCAAAAUUUCCUAAACUUACAAGUUUAUCUGUAACUAAUUGUCAAAAAUUAACGAACCUUGAUUGUUCAUCAACUGAGUUAAUUAGAUUAAAAAUAAGUUGUUGUUCACAAAUUUAUAAUAUUGACUUGUCAAAGCUUUCCAAGCUUGAGGGUUUAUCUGUAACUGAAUGUUCAAAUCUAACUACUCUUAAUAUUUCAUCAAUUGGAUUAACUAGUUUGAAAAUAAGUGAUUGCUCCCAACUUGAAGGGAUAGAUUUGUCAGAAUUUCCUAAUCUUAUGAAUUUAUCUGUAACUAAUUGUCAAAAUUUGCCCAAUCUUGAUUGUUCAUCAAUUAAGGCAUUAGGUCAAAAACAUGAAUUUCCUAAUUAUUUUUUCACCAAUAGUCCAGGAAGAAAAAAUUUAUUAAUAAUUGGCACCAUUCAUUCUGGUAAAUCUGCAUUAGCUAACGUAAUAUGUAAAACUAAGUUUUUUGAAGAAAAUGGAUGUAAUUCAAAAGAUUUUCAAGAAUAUGAUUUUGUUUGGAAUAAUACAAAUUAUCAUGUGGUUGAUAUUAGAGUUAAUUUAAUUGAAAAUGAAAUUUUAUAUAAGAUAGGACAAGUAAUAUAUUCAAUGCCGGAAGGGAUAAGCCAAAUUUUAUUUGUAGUUGACCAUAGAUUAACGGCAGAAGAAAUAAAAAAACUUAGUGAAAUUGAAGAAGAAAUUUUAAAAAUCGAAAUUUGCAAAAUUACUACUAUUGUCAGAACUAAAUUUGAAGACUUUAAAAGUAAAGAUGAGUGCAAAAAAGAUGAAGAAAAUCUCUAUAGUUUAAACAAAAAAAUAUUUAUCAAAAAUAUAUUUACUAAUAAACCUCCAAUCAUUCAUGUAGACAAUCCAUCAGCACAUAUUUAUGUUUAUGAUAGUGAUGAUGAUGCUACAGUAAAUUACAUUGGUAGAGGAAGAAGAGAAAAGUCAAGAACUAUACUCCUAGAACAUUUGAAUAAAGUAUGUUCAGAAAAAUACAAAUUAAAUAUGUGGGAUAAGUUGUAUGAGUCUAAUAUGUCAAUAGAUAAUUUAGAUAAACAGAAAUUAAUAAAAUCAUAUUUAAAAUUAUAUGAUCCUGACGUUGUUAAAAUUAUCAAAAAACUAGUAAAUGGGGAAUAAACGUGUUAAGAGGAUUUUACCAAUGGUAUGUUUGUUAAGUAUGUGUUGAUUAUUUUUUAUACAAUAUUGGGAUUAUUUAUUUUAUAUAAUAUUGGGAUUAUUUUUUAUACAAUAUUGGGUGGUUAUUUUUUUGUUAACAUACGGAUUGUUUAUAUGACAAAUAUUAAUAACCAAUAAAAUUUUAAGAUUUCAUAUGAAGUUUUUU